AUGAUCAAAUAUCAACAUUUUGCAAAGAGACUAGCACCAGAGAAAAUGCGGUUGGCAAGAACAUCGGCAAGGUGUAUAGCGAGAGACCUAUUGGAACAAUGCAAGAAGAAAUCCAAAAUUCAGGAUUUUGCCACUGAAAACAUCCAAACACUAAGUCAGGAAGAGUUCAAUGCUGAGCAAAGGCUGGAGCCAAUGGUGCCACUUCAGAAACGGAGUCCAGAGAGUAGGCACAUGCAAGUUCCAGCACAUCGGGCAUGUAGGAUUCAGCCCUAA